CACUACCACAUUCUCCAAAAAUAGCAGCUUAAGUGAAUAAGGGUCAUGGCUUUCAUCGGCCUCGCUCUCGAUCUGCUGCUGCUGCUGCUUUCCAUGGCCUCUCCCGCCUCCUCAUGCAACGCGCAGGAGAAGGCCUUCCUCCUCCAGUUCCUCGCGGGGCUCUCGCAGGACAAUGGCCUCACAGCAUCAUGGCGGAAUGACACUGAUUGCUGCGAGUGGGAAGGCAUAACCUGCAGCGGUGAUGGGGCAGUCGUUAAGGUCUCCUUGGCUUCCAGAGGCCUUGCAGGGUGCAUCUCACCAUCCCUUGGUGACCUCACAAACCUUCAGAGCCUCAACCUGUCGCACAACUCCUUUGCUGGCGGCUUUCCAUUGGAGCUGCUGGCCUCCAGUAGCAUCGUCGUGCUCGAUGUCAGUUUCAACCAUCUCAGCAGGGCCCUGCAACCACAAGAGAGCUACUCUUCGGUAUCUAAUUACAGUCGACUGCAGGUCUUGAACAUCUCAAGCAAUCUGUUCACAGGAGAGUUACCAUCGGCAGUGUGGGAGAAAAUAAGAAAUCUAGUUGUGCUCAAUGCAAGCAACAACAAUUUCCAAGGUUUGAUGCCGUCGUCAUUCUGCAUCAGCUCAUCAUCGUUUGCAGUGCUUGACCUUACCCACAACAAAUUCAGUGGCAGCAUCCCGGUCGGUCUAGGUAAAUGCUCUGCUCUUAGGGUACUCAUGGCUGGGCACAACAGUCUCAGUGGUCCGCUUACUGAUGAAAUCUUCAAUGUUUCCUCAUUAGAGUACCUAUCUUUUCCCAGCAGUGGUUUACAUGGAGUGCUUGAUGGUGCACGCAUAAUGAACCUCAGAGAUCUAUCUCACCUUGAUCUUGGCGGUAACAUGCUAAUUGGUGAAAUUCCAGAUUCCAUAGGUCAGCUCAAAAGACUAAAGGAGCUCCGCUUAUACCGCAACCACAUGUCUGGGGAGCUACCAUCAGCUCUGAGCAAUUGCACAGAUCUUGAAACAAUUGACCUCAAGUUCAAUAUGUUCAGUGGAGAACUUUCCAUGUUCAACUUCUCUAACCUGAUCAAUCUUAAAAAACUAGAUCUUAUGGGAAACAACUUCACUGGCACAAUUCCAGAAAGCAUCUACUCUUGCACAAAUCUUACUGCUCUGCGGCUAUCCCGAAACAACUUACAUGGGCAGCUUUCAGUGAGAAUAGGGGAGCUGAAGUUUCUUUCUUUCAUAUCACUUAGUUUCAACAAAUUUACAAAUAUUACAAAUUCGCUUAAAAUCCUCAAGAAUUCUAGUACCCUUACUACCCUAAUUAUUGGGAACAAUUUCAAAGGUGAGGCCAUGCCAGAAGAUGAGACAAUUGAUGGUUUUCAGAACCUUCAGUUUCUUUCUAUACGUGGUUGUUCAUUGUCUGGGAAAAUACCUCUUUGGAUAUCAAAGCUAAAAAAGUUGAAGGUGUUGGAUUUGCAAGGGAACCAACUCAACGGACCAUUACCUGCCUGGAUCAAAAGCCUAGAGUCACUGUCCCAUCUAGACAUAUCAGAUAACAGACUCACAGGGGGGGUCCCAGCAGCCUUAAUGGAUAAGAAAGUGCUAAAAACAGGCAUGACUGCAACCCAUAUCGAUACAGAUCCAUUUGAACUUACUGUUUAUACAGUUUCAUCACUUCAAUACCGGAUACCCACUGCUUUCCCUAAAGCGCUCAACCUAGGUAAUAAUAAACUAACUGGUACAAUCCCCAAGGAGAUUGGUCAGUUGAAAUCACUCGCCGAACUCAACCUCAGCUUCAACUACUUAUCAGGAUAUAUUCCACAACAGCUCUGCAGCCUGACGAACCUGGAAGCACUAGAUCUGUCUAACAACUAUCUCACAGCUGAAAUCCCAUUGGCACUUAACAAAUUGAGCUUUCUCUCAAAAUUCAAUAUUUCUAAUAACAACUUAGAAGGGCCUAUUCCAACUGGAGGUCAGUUCGAUACGUUUCCAAAUUCAAGUUUUGAAGGGAACCCAAAGUUAUGUGGUAUUAUGGUUAAUCAGCUCUGUGGCUCAGCUGAGGAAUCUGCAGUGCCUAUCCUCUCCAGAGAACAAGCAGAGAGAAGGAUCACCUUUGUGAUUGGUUUUUGUGCUUUCUUUGCUAUAGGGCUCCUGUAUGAUCAAUUAGUCUUGUCAAAGUUUUAUGGUUAGUCUUGGUUUACCUAAGGAUUUGUGAUUACUUUUUGUGUAUGUAGCUCCUACUCUGGUUAUGGCAACAUCUAUGAUUAUCAAGAUUAGCAUAGUUGCAAACCAUAUUAUGUUCCUGAUGACUUUGCAUUGUGUCAACUGCUUGCAAGUCACAAGAUGGGUGCUACUUCUGGAAUCUCAGUCAUUUUCACGGCUGACCUUUUUGUUGUCUGGUUCAUCUACCAGUCCCCUUUUGGCA